AGAUCAAACGCUUUGAAAACAAGAGAGAGAGAGAGAGAGAGUGAGAGAGAACCAGAGGGAGGGAGGGAAGAGGGAGAGAGAGAGAGAGAAGCAAAGCAAACCAAGACAAUCCAAACUACCCGAAAAGUCUCUCUCUCUCUCUCCCUCUCUCUCGCUCUCUCUCUCUCUCUCUCUCCUAAAAUUCUCCAUUUGAUCACUACUACAGGGUCUCAUUCCUCUGUACAACAUUCCGCGGCUCGGGUUUUGCUCCCCCACCGUCCGUGCAGCUCCGGAAAGCGGGUCCGUACAAUGGAGCGGUACGGUAGGGGCUCGGCCACGGAGGGGUCGCAGCCGGAUCCGCCGCCGAAAUGGAGCUCGCUGCCGGCCGAAACAGGGCUCGAAGAGCCCGUGUGGCAGCUGGGAUUGGGCGGCGGCGAUUCGUACCCGGAGCGGCCGGGCGAGGCCGACUGCAUCUACUAUUUGCGCACGGGCCUUUGUGGCUACGGCGCCCGGUGUCGGUUCAAUCAUCCUCGCGAACGUACUAUGGCUGUGGGGGCUGGAAGAGCUGGGGGUGGAGGGUAUCCAGAACGAGUGGGGCAACCUGUAUGCAAGUUUUAUAUGAGGACUGGAACUUGUAAGUUUGGUACUUCUUGCAAGUACCAUCAUCCGAGACAGGGAGGUGGACCUGUUAGCCCCGUCUUACUAAAUUAUUUAGGAUACCCUCUACGGCCAGGUGAAAAGGAUUGUUCCUUCUACAUUAGAACGGGAGAGUGCAAAUUUGGCAUAAGCUGUAAAUUCCACCAUCCACAGCCAGCAGAUGUUCAAAUGCCUGCACCAAUGCCAGCUCCUGCAGCAUCACCUGUGCCCGCAGCUGUACCUCCAGCUGCUUUAUACCCAUCAGUGCAGCCUCCCUCUGGCCCUUCAUCUCAACAAUAUGGGUUUGUGCCUGGUGUUUGGCAAGUUCCAAGGUCUCCUGUGGUACCAGGCUCAUAUGUCCAAGGGCCUUAUGGUCAUGUUCUGCUUCCCCCAGGGAUUGUUUCAAUUCCUAGUUUGAGUCCUUACCCGGCUCCGUUGAGUCCAGUUGCCUCUCCUAGUACUCAACCCUCUGCUGGAGCAUUUUAUGGAGUAGCACAAUUCUCUCCUUCAGCGCCUGCCUAUACUGGGUCCUAUACACCCAUGCCUUCUCUAGGCCCUUUGAUUGAUUUCCCAAAGGAACACACAUUCCCAGAAAGACCUGGUCAACCUGAAUGCCAGUAUUACAUGAAAACAGGUGAUUGUAAAUAUGGAUCCUCUUGUAGGUAUCAUCAUCCUGCAGAAUGGAACGCAUUGAAAGCAGAUUGUUCUUUUAGCCCUGCGGGUCUUCCUUUGCGCCCAGGAACAGCCCUUUGUGCUUACUAUGCUCAACAUGGAAUGUGCAAGUUUGGGCGUACAUGCAAAUUUGAUCAUCCAGUGGGAACUCUAAGUUACAGUCCAUCUGCCUCUUCUCUUGCUGAUAUGCCUGUUGCUCCUUAUCCCGUGGGAUCUUCAGUUGGUACUUUGGCUCCAUCAUCCUCAUCUUCAGACUUGCGGCCUGAACUUAUUUCAGGAUCCAACAUGGACUCCUUGUCGACAAGAAUGGCUUCUUCUACAAGCACAACUAGUGGUUCAGUUGGUUCGAUUUUAUCAAAGAGUGCUCCUGCUCCUCAUUCCACUGUUCAACAAUCUGGUCAGAGUACCACCCCUACAAUUGGCCAUAGUAGCAUGGCUCAAGAAGGGAAAGUUUUCCAUUCCAUGGAUGUAAAUGCAGGAAUGAUCCCAUAGAAUUGCGACGCCCCCCUGUAGAAGGCAAAUCUGAUCUACGCAGGUUUAGCUUGCAAGACUCUGGCAGGCUGUGUCAGGUUGAUUAUUUUUCAAUUAUGGAUCCCAGGCAGAGGUGCUUCGAAGCAACAGGAAAAGUUAAAAAAAAAAAAAAAGUCACAAUGAUGAGAUGUGGAAAAAAGUCACAAUGAUGAGAUGUGCUUAUCAGGCAUUGCUUUGGUGAACAUGAGAUAGGCUUUGGGUUUGAGAUUGUUUUUCUACUAGUUUUUUCAGCUCCUUUACGUACAUACACAAGAAACACUGUUUUCAUUGAUUUGAACAUUAUUGUUAUGCCAAUUAUGUUGAUUUUUUCCGUUCCUAGGCAGACAUCUAGGCAGAC